AUGAUGAUGAUGACAAUGAUGCGUAAUAAUAGAUCACUAUUAGGAUUAUCCAAAAGAAUAAUAAAUAGUAAUCAUACCAAACAAAUAACUACAAGACAAUUUAGUUCAAAAAAUAAAGAUAAUAAUGGCGGUCUCAGUAGCAAUAUUAUCAAUAUGAUAAAUGAUAUUAAAAACGAAAGAAAAGAAGAAGCAGAAUCAAAGAGUAGUAUUGCUGAAGCACAUAAAUUUAGAAUGGUUGAAAGACCAGAUCUCUUAUCAAUUAGUUCAUUCUUUAGAUACCCAGAAGGAGGUGUUGAUGAAUAUGCUAAUCUUUCAAAAGGUACUGCAUUUUUAGUUAGACCACCAUCUAGUAUUUUAUCAAAACCAAACAACUCUUUAUAUUGCAUCAGUUGCGCACACAUUACACAUCCUUUCCAUUUCCCAAAUCUUUAUAAAGAGGAACAAUACAGUUGGAUUUAUUCAUUAGGAGAAAAAAACAUUAAAGUUCAAUUAGAAUAUAGAGAUCAAAAAACAGGUAAAUUACUUCACACAAUUCCACUUAAACCACCAUUUCAUUUACACCCAAUGUUAGAUCUCGUUUUAUUUAAAGUUAAUGAAGAAGAUUUCAAAAAAACAAAUGUACCAUACGAAACUACAAUUAUGGAUUUAGAACAUUACGAAUUUCCAAAAGAAGGACAUGAAGGUAAAUUAUAUGGUUAUCAAUUAGAAAGUGAAAACGAUAAUAUUAUGAGACCAAUUGAAUCAUCAUACACAUUAAAUUUUGUAGAAUCACCAGAAAGAUAUUAUGUAAAAACAAAGAAUGUAUCACCAAUGGGCAUUUGCGGAGGACCAGUCAUCAAUAUUGAAAAUGAAGUCAUUGGUAUGAUUGAAGGACUUACUAAAAUCCAUCAAGCAAUCAUUGAUAAACAAACUGAUCAAAAUAAGAAAAACCAAUUAACUAAAUUAAAUAACAACACUGUUUUCAUUCCAUCUCAAGAAUUAAAUAGAUUUAUAACUAAAGUAGAUUUAUCAUAUAAUGAUAAAGGUGAUGUUACCCCAAACGAUUUAAGAAACUUAUUAAGUAAUUUUUAA